GGCUUCCGAGUGGGUGUGAUAAACAGCAGGAAGAGGCAGGUGAGGUCAAAUACACUGCUAGAAUUUGGACAACGUGAGGCUGUCUCCAGGAGAGAUACACAGGUAGUCAAUUGUGGUGAAGCAAUAGCAGACGAUAUAGUUUGUAACGAAGCUAUUACAGUUUCGUUAAGUUAUAAGUGCGGCGGUGUUGGGAUGUAGUUUGUCCGUGUCACGUUAAUAAGCAGUUAACAGCGAGAGCGUUAGCUAAUGCUAACGUUACCUGACGCGUGCUCGCAGACAGCUCGGUAACUAACGUCAGAACAGAAGUAAAAUUAUGACAUUUGCUUGUCAGAAGUCCAUAAUAUCAUCUCUUUAGAGGGAAUGCACAGUGCAUUCCCGCAUAGCAUUAGCUUACUAGCUAAGAAUUACGAUAGGUAGUCACUGCACUUUGCAUCAUCCUCUGGCAUUGAUAUUGUCUUUGAGAAGUCGUGUCACGGUCACAGCUGUCAUGUUUCACUCCAUGCCCCGUCGCCCGAUCUGCGAGAUCGGUGUGAAUACAAUGAGAAUCCAGAGCAGCAGAUCAUUCAGGCGGACUGUCGAGGAAGGCAGAGGAAAGCUGGAGAGGGUCCCGUGGCUGGGAAGGAGCAUGGGCCUGCUGCUGUCCUGGCUGCAGAGGGCAGGUGCUAGUGAGGCCGCGGGAUCUGGCCAAAAGAGGAAGGGUUUGCUCUCUAUAUUUGCGGACCACUGCAGCUUUGUGACCGGACAGAGGCUUCGACGUGCUUGUCAGAUUGGCGAGCUUUACUCAAACCUGUACUCCGAGCGCACAAGGUGGAACCUGGUUGGGAACAUAUGGCGCAGAUUUCAGAGCAAGCAUGCCCCCACUGGGAAACUUGUCGCGGCCCUGGCUGGUGUCUUCAUGUGGGAGAAUGAGAAGAUUCAAGAUGAGGAAAUUCGCAGGUGUGGAUUUGAGCUACAGGCGCUGGAGACCGUCAAAAGUCUAAGCACAUCCUCUAGGACCGUGGCUAGACAACAGGACUCUGAUUGGGAAAUUGUGAUGGAGAAGAAAGACUUCAGAGUGUGGAAGCGGCCCAUUCCCAACAGUCACCUCUAUGAAUACAGAGUGUUGGGCUCUUACAAUGAUGUCACACCAAGACAGUUCUUCAAUGUACAGUUGGAUACCGAGUACAGGAAGAAGUGGGAUUCUCUGGUUAUCAAGCUUGAAGUGGUGGACAGAGAUGUCGGCACAGGCUCUGAAGUUGUGCACUGGGCUACACACUUUCCUUAUCCCCUGUACUCAAGGGACUAUGUGUAUGUGCGCCGCUAUGAUGUUGAUGUCGACAACAACCUGAUGAUCUUGGUGUCCAGAGCCGUGCAGCAUCCCAGAGUCCCAGAGACUCAGGAAUUUGUGAGAGUACACUCAUACCAGUCAAGGAUGGUCAUUCGCCCUCACAAGUCCUUUGAUGAGAAUGGGUUUGAUUACCUGCUGACCUACAGUGACGACCCUCAGACUGUCUUUCCCCGUUACUGUGUGAGCUGGAUGGUGUCAAGUGGUAUGCCUGAUUUUCUGGAGAAACUGCAUACUGCUGCCUUGAGGGCCAAGAACUUGGAAGUGGGGAUCCACGACUACGCGGGUGUCAUUAAAUCUGGUGAUACCAACCGCCAACCGAGCCAGGAGCGCCUCAGUGGAGACAACACACACACGAGUGGUCCUGGACAGAUCUACGCCUGAGAUGGAUAUUUUGUAGAUUAGGGGUUAUAUUGGUGUAUUUUCACUUCCACUUGAACUCAAAUCAAACCCUCCAAUACCAACUAUUUACAAACUGCAAAUGGAAGAUGCAACCCACAGUAAAGACAAAUAUACUGAAAGUCCAUCCAUAGACAUGGUCAUAUUGGUUAUAAAUGAGUUGUCACAUGAACAAUGCACUGUAUUGGUGACAGUAUUACUGUCCUUUGGUGCAAAUGUUGCCAUGGAAAUUGUCAUCCAGACUGCUGGCCUUGGCACAAUUUUUACUCAGCCAACCAAUGCCACGUGACAUUUCUUGCCCUCUUUGCAACCGUUGGUAAGAUCGAGCCAAAAUUCCUAAUUGUAGAGAUGCUUUUUGCCAAAGCACAGUUUCUCUCAGUUUAAUGUUCUUUGUCUUGACCUCCAUUGUUUGACAAGGCUUGACUUUAAAGGCUGCUCAGGCAGCCAGGAGCCACAAUACUCUUAGUGUCUGUGGUGUGAUUUCAGCAAGAUGUCGCGCAGUAUUGGACAUAGAACUGUAACUACGACUGGCCUCUGGUCAGCACUGUAACAUUAAACUAUGGCCAAGACGUGCACUGAGAUGAAGGCCUGCAUUUGAGGCCUCUGCAGCAAACACUUUCCAACACACUUCUUCAUUUCAUGGAUUUAAAGCAAGUUCCUGUUUGCUUGCAGCAUGUUGUGAUCAAUGUUUGAUCUUCAUAUAACCGAAUCGAAUGGAUUAAAAAAAAAAAAAAAAAAAAAGAAUUUGCAAAUGAUGCUGUUACUGGAACCGUUGUCAACAGAACUGAAAAUGUAGUGGGGUUUUUUCAUGUGUUUUGGGGAUGGCAUUGGUUGGCUUGUCAGCACAGCAGAGGUUUCACACUGUCCGCCUCACCGUAUCUGUGUUACUGUUCAAAACUGCCAGCAAUGACAAAACAGCCUUCUGAAGAUAAACCUGUCCUUUAGCAUUAGGGGCAUAGUGUCUUAUAACAACCACAUAAAUCCUCAAAAACAAUGGUACUAAAGCGCUUAUAGCAAGGCGACCCUACAGACACAUUUUAGUAAACUAGUGCCCUUUCAGAAAAACAUUAAGCACUUGUUCCACAUCACAAUCCAUAUGCAUUUCAUAGAAGUUAAAAAAAAGUCCCAUUUCAGCUCAGAAAUGAUUUUGUUAUCCCAGUGUUAACGACAGCUCUCACUUUAGUUUGCACUACUGGAGUUAUGGGUGUUUGUGUUUUCUAUGUGUUACUGUAGAUCUUGUACAUUCAUAAAACCAUAGCCUGUGCACUGGAACUCCCUGCUCUUAUUAGCAGAACAAACUAACAUUUGUUUCCUGCAUUGCUAUUCUUCAAUUUUUGUUAACAAUGUGAGUCCUACUAAACUCCAUACAACUCAUCCUCAUUAACUGUUUGCAGGGUGUUUUUUGAAUGUACAAAGAGCACCACAUGUUGUCGAAUAAAACAUUGCCUAAUAAAGUACACUGUUUACAGCCUGACAAUCUGGUGCAAAUAUAUUGAAAUAUUAUUAUAUAUAAUAUUGAAAUCCAUCUGUGUUUAAAAUAAAAAAACAUCUCAUCUUGUACUAAAGUGUAAAGACAUUUGUUGUAGGUGGUACAUCAAAGUGAAUCAGCUGCAGUAGUUGUUUCAGGAUAAAGCAGUACAUGGGGUUCCAAUUUGUGAAGGAAAUUCUUCAUCUAGUAUUAAUAUAUCCCCACUGUGUCAAAAUAUGUAUAAUUCUAUUCUACAGUGAAAUACUUCCUGCUGUUUCACUUUUUUAGAAAUGGCAGUAUAAGAUAUGAGGUACGCUUGAGAUCUCGAACGUGUGAGGAAAUGUUUUUGAUAUUUAUCUCUUGUGUGGUCUAACAAAACUGUGAGAAAUUAAUGAGAUCAUACUGUCGCAUUUGAACAUUAUGCAAUAUUUGUUUCUGUUCAGCUUGAGAAUGUAACAUUUUGAAGCUCUGCCAUAUGUAGACACCUGCGUGCCACCUGCAGUAGUCUGAAAGGGUUGUCACAUGCUGUUUCUGUUUUUUUCUUUCUGCAGGCAGUAUAACAUUUAUUGCUAUUUGUAACCACAUAUGAAUUACUUUUAGGAAUUGUUUGGUUAAUUCUAUGAGCCGGUGCACUUGUAACCCUGUGAUUUCAAAAGUUAUUGAAAUGGAAGAUCAACUAAUCAAAUCAAAUAAACAUCUUCAUGUGUGUCA